AGAAUAUUUAUGCAACAAGGCCUCAUGUCGUAGUGAUAUGUUCUGUCAGUUAUUCACAUACCAGGGAGUUGCCACAAGUAGAUGUCUUGCCUUUCAUACGGGGAAAAAUUGUGCGUCGUAUAGAGAUGUCAACGAGGUGGGAUGUAUAUGCAACAACAAUAAUUGUGCAACAAAUACUUUGGCUGAAUAUGCACUCAAUCAUCAAGCUACUUCAACGUCCAAGGCAACAGUAAGACCUGCCACUACAACAACUCAUAUUACAACCACACCUCCAGUUACCACACUGCCUACUUCAAUUGACACAACAACGAUUACCAAAAUUAGAUUUACCGCAUCAACCCUUACAACAUCAACUCCGACAACUACAAGUAUAACAACCACAACUACAGCCAUAUGUCAAGAUAAGCAAGGAGUGGAUUGCUUAUUGCUCAAUUCAACAAAUAUUUGUGCCAAUCCAUAUUCACAUCAAUAUUGUGCCAAGUUUUGUGGUCACUGUACCAGACCUCUUGACGCAGCCUUUGGAUAA